AUGAGUUCGUUCCUGAUGAAUCCAUCCGCCGGCGGUGGAUAUCAUCAUCACCAGCAUCAGCAAGCGGCUAGCGCUCAUCAUUUAGCCGCGACAUCCGUGAUGGUGGACCCGAAGUUUCCACCCAGCGAGGAGUACAGUCAGAGUAAUUACAUCCCGUCUACCGGUGCUGACUUCUUUCCUGCCAGCGGGGGUGGCCACCAUUUGAAUCAUCCUCAGUCCCAUCAGUUGCAGUACGGUUACCAUCAGCAUCAUCAUCAGGCUGCGUCCACUCCGUACGGGGCGUCGUCCGCUGUCCAGUUGAACGGCGGUUACGCCGGCUAUGGCGGCUACUAUGGACCGCACCAUCCUCAUCACCAAGUGCACGCCGUUCAUCACGCGAGUUUGCAUCCUCAUCAUCACGCGGUCGGCGCCCUGGCGAUGCCGCCCGAGGCCCAGCAACCGCCUCUCACGUGUCCAUCCACGAUGCAGAACCAGCAACAACCGCAACAACAGCCACCUGUGUCCGCGUCGACUGUCCUCGGCGCGACUCCACUGUCCCCUGGUAUUAUGCAGAAUCAUGUGCAACCGCCGGACAGUCUUCAGCAUCAUCAACCGCCCAGUCAGCAGCAACCGCCGCAUGAAACCAAUGCCUGUAGCCCGGUCAGCUCGAGCCAGUUGCAUCGCGAUAACUCGCCGGACCUUCAACAGCAAUCGGCGGCCAGUCAACAGUCCCAACACAUACAGAACGCGCAACAGCAGCAACAGCAACAGAACCAACAACAGUCGCAGCAUCACGUGGACGAUGGUUCCGAUCAGGAUGACAUGGAGGACGAUCAAAUGAUGGACGGAUCGCCCGGUAUGAUGGAGGAGGAGGACGACGACGAGGACAACGGGGAUCGAGUGAUUUAUCCGUGGAUGAAGAAGAUUCACGUUGCCGGCGUCGCGAACGGCUCGUAUCAGCCGGGAAUGGAGCCGAAACGUCAGAGGACCGCGUACACGAGGCACCAGAUCCUCGAGCUGGAGAAGGAAUUCCAUUACAAUAGGUACCUGACGAGACGGCGACGUAUCGAGAUCGCUCAUACCCUGGUCCUGUCCGAGCGGCAGAUAAAGAUCUGGUUCCAGAACCGUCGAAUGAAGUGGAAGAAGGACAACAAGCUGCCGAACACGAAGAACGUGCGCAGGAAGAACGCGAACGGUCAGACGGCGCCGUCCUCAGCGAAACCGUCCAAGACCACCUCCGCCGGUUCGAGGACGAAGCUCGCGACUGGGAACAACAACAGCCAACGAAAGAACAACAACAACUCCCCUUCGAGCGGGAUCGACAGCAGUUUGGACUCGAACGUCGGUCUGGACAUGGGUGAUGUUCAAAAAAAUCCGCAUACGAACGUUGUGCAUCCGAGCUUCCAAGGUCACCCGCAUCCCCUGGCUCAUCUACAGGCCCAGCUGAGUCAUCAUCAUGUGAGCGGUAUGAUGGAGGGACCUCCCGGCGGACCGUUGGGCCACAUAGGCUCCGGAAGUAUCAGUCCCCUCGCCCCUGCAACCAGUCCCACCGGAUUGUCCCAGGUCUCGGCGCCAAUUCCGCCACCGGCGAUAAAGUCCGAUUACGGGCUGACGGCGCUGUAA